UGCAUUUAAUUUGUAUUAAGUAAAUACUAAAUUUAUUAAUUAAUUAAUAAAAUAAUAUAAUUAGCUAUUAUUAGAAAAAGUAGAAGCCAAGCCAUUCAUCAUUUCAUUACAAAAACAUGAGAAGAAUAACCACAAAAUAAUUAUUUUAAACUAUUAGGAGAAGCAUCGCUACAAAUCCAAGGGAUUAGAUCAUUAAUUGUGAUCCUACUAAAAUGAUUCCUGGAUUUAGCCCUAUUUUUAAAGAAGAUAAACCUACUAAAUAUUAAAUCACUACUUUAGAUUGUGGUGUAAAGGUUUUGACUGAGGAUAGCGCUUUUCCCUUUCAUACAGAUAUAAAUAUUGUUGGUAAUUUUGGUACACGCAAUGAAACCCAAAAAACUGGAGGUGCAAUGAAGAUGCUUAACACCUUGUUAUUUAUGAGUGGAGAUAACUAAUCAAUCUUACAAAAUUACGAAUUGAAUUAACUUAAUGGAGGAGGUAUUAACAUGCAUUUUGACCAAGAAACUACUUCUUACAAAUGCUAGUGCAUUCCAGAAGACACAGAAUCUAUGCUUGACUUAUUAUUAAAAACAGCAAUUUCUCCUAAAGACUUUUCAGUUUUCGAACCCAGCGCCUUGAGCAAUGAGUUAGAAAACUUGGAAUUUGAAAAGAUAUUUUUAAAAGCAGCAUAUGACGGGAAAGGUGUUGGUAUGUGUGAUCUCAAUCCUAGUAUGACUGAAUAAGAUUUUCUUGACUUUUAAAACAAAUAUAUUACUCCACAUAGACUUUUAAUAUCUGGAUCAAAUGUUCCUUCUCAUGAACACUUCGUUAAUUUGGUUCAGUAAAUGCUUAAGAAAUAUCCUUAAUUCUUGAAUAGAAAAUACAAUCCUAAUCCUUUUGAAUCAAUUUAUGCUGGAAAGGAAAUCAGAAUAGAAACUGAAAGCGAUUUAGUUGAAGUUGGUGUUGGCUUUAAGGCUGUAAACUGGUAGCAUCCUGACAUGAUUAUAUUUUAAAUUAUAUUCUCUAUUAUUGGUAAUUCAAGUUAUUUCUCAACAGGAGGUCCUGGCAAAGGCAUGCAUGCUCGUGCCACUAAAAACUUGCUUAAUAGAUUGUCAUAUGUUUAAGGAGCAGAUUGCAUUUGCAAUAUUUUCACUGAUAGCGGUUUCUUUGGUCUUAAAUUAACUGGUACUAAUGAAAGUAUUAAUGAGCUUAUUUAAUCUUGCAUCAGAGAAUUACACUUACUUCAAAUGCCUAUUUCUCCAAUUGAAUUGCAAAGAUCCAAAAAUAUUUUAAAAUCUUUGAUCAAUCUCUCACUUGAAAGACAACAAGAUAGACUUGAAGAAGCUGCUAAGCAUGUCAUUAACUUUAAAUAAAUAAAACUUGAUGAAACUGAAAGAAUGAUUGAUAGGGUUACAACUGAAGAUAUCAACAGAGUUGCAAGAGAAUUAUUUUAAAACAGCCGUCCCACAGUUACAAUGAUAGGAGAAGGAGUAAAUAAGGCUAUGUCUUAUGAUUAAAUUUGCAGAUUGUGUUACAAAUAAUGAGUUUAAUAAAAAUAUUAAUUAAAAUUUCUAAUUUUUUUUACUUUUUUGUUUGUUUGUUUUUGUUGGUGUUUGUAUGUAGAUUUUAAUUAAAUUUAUUUUAAUAUUGAUUGGUUCAAAAAAUAUAAAAAGUAAUUUUGGC